GAGAGAGAGAGAGAGAGAGAGAGAGAGAGAGAAACAAGUCUCCGGGGCAGGUGUGUGCUUAGGUUUACAGAAGAAACUGAUGGAGGUGGAGAAAUGACUUGCAGGGUCCAUUUCCGUGUUCUCGGAGACUUUAGGGAUGAGAGUCGGCACAAGAGGGAUAGGUCUUGCCUUCUUUGGAGGCCUCUGGGACUUGCUGAGUCACUUGGUCCCACCUGUCACUGCCAAUCUUUGGGAAGAAGAAAUGACACGGGGGGGGGGAGGGGUGGCAGAGAAAAAUGCGCUGAAGGCAGCGGCGGAGCAGGCUGGCCCAUGGCUGAGGCUGUCAUCCCAAAACUGGGCGAAGGAACGGAAGCCACACCUUGCCCUAGUGUCCUGCAGCUGGAAGAGCUCCUGAGGUCCGGGAGAGCCUCUUGCAGCCACGUAGACGAAGUCUGGCCCAACCUUUUCAUAGGAGAUGCGGCCACAGCAAAUAACCGCUUUGAACUGUGGAAGUUGGGGAUCACCCAUGUGCUGAAUGCGGCCCACGGGGGACUCUACUGUCAGGGAGGCCCUGACUUCUACGGCAGCAGCGUGAGCUACCUGGGGGUGCCAGCCCACGACCUCCCAGAUUUCAAUAUCAGCACCUACUUCUCCUCAGCAGCUGACUUCAUUCACCGUGCCCUCAGCACACCUGGGGGUAGGAGUUGGGGCUGAGUCCAUAUUCCAUUCUGCUCACUUUUCGGGGGCGUAUCCAAUUUCCCCUCAGCAUCCUCCCAUGCCUGGUUUUGUUUUUGUGUGUGUGUGUGUGUGUAUGUGUGUGUGUGUGUGUGUUGUGUUUCUUUGUUUUCCUCUUUUUGUUGUUGCUGUUCUAACAAUUUUCUGCUCUAUGCCUCAGC